UAUGAUAAGUUUCAUGUUCAUAAAUACUUUCCUUCCUAAUUUGUUAAAAGUUUAAUAAAUAUCUCAAACAUAUAAUUACUUGUAACAUUGUAUGUUUUAUAUGAAUUUUUGAAUAAUUUAAUAAUAAUGGCAGAAAUCGAAUGGCCAUGGCAAUACAGUUUUCCUCCUUUUUUUACUCUUCAACCUCACACAGAUACUAGAGCUAAACAAUUAUCAGCAUGGAAAAGUUUAAUACUAGAAUAUUAUCGUGUCACAAAACAAGCUAUUGUAGAUAUAAGAGAGGUGGAUUCAUGUCCAUUAUUUAAUAAUACUGCAAUUAAUCGAAAGUUACCAUCAGAGGUUGUCCUAUUAGUUUUAGAAGAAUUAGCAAAAUCAGGAAAUGCAAAUCCAUUAGAUAAAUCAAGGCAAAGAUGGUUAGUUUAUUGGCAUACUUUAGAAGAAUGGGGUGAAAUUAUUUAUAAUUGGGCACAGGAGAAUGGAUUUACUGGUUCUGUAUGUACUUUGUUUGAAUUAACACAAGGAGAAGACACAACAGAACAGGAAUUCCAUGGACUUGAUACAGAAGUAUUGAUCAGAGCACUUAGAACACUAGAAGCAAACAAAAAGGCAGAACUUAUUUUAUUUGAUGAUAAUCAAGGUGUUAAGUUCUUCUAG